GGGGAGGAGCGGGGAGGGGCCGGGCCGCGGGUCCGACGGGUCGGUGGGCCGCGGGGUGAGCCGGCCCUGAGCGUGGCCGGGUCGGCGAGGUGACGGAGAGGUGAGCCGGGAGGGAGGAUGGGGGGCACGGCGACCGGGGGUGGAACGGCCCGGGCACCGAGGUGACGGGAGGUGGGGCGGCCCUGGGCGAGAGGAUCCUGGCCGGGGAGGUGAUAGGAAGAUGCGUUGGCCAGAGCGGGAGGAUGAGGGACCCGGGCACCGAGUGUGGCGCAGCCCAGGCCGCGGAGGUGACAGGUGAUGGCGUGACCCAGGCGGGCCCAAGGAAGUGACAGCAGGACGAGCGUCCACCUCUGCUCACACCGGCGGUACCCAGCAGUGCUGUGACACAGUGAUGUGACACGCAGUGAUGUGACACGCAGUGAUGUGACACACAGCCCCGCAGGUCACCGGGCAGUGGUGACACCGGCCGGUGGCUCCGGCCAGGGCUGCUCACUGUCUGCUGGGAUUUUGUGUGUGUUUGUGUGUGUGUGUGUGCUUUUCCCGUUUGCUUUUGUGCCUGAGGAUGGCCGAGGGGGAGGGACUUGCUAACGUGUUUCAAACAGAAACUUUCAAACCAUCAAAAGCUUCACCCGCGCCCAGAAAUAGGCACUUGGGUGAAGUGCAGUGGCUGGGUGCUAUUUCUGUUCCAUGCAAGUGAUUUCCUGCAGAAGAGCCUCAUAGAGGUACUAAGGGGAACCACUGGCCAGCGGGUGUUGCUGGGUUUGGGUGAUGAUGGUGAUGCUGAAGGACCUCAGAUGGACACCUGCAGCUGCACAGCCACCAGCUGCACUCAGAGCACUGCAGAGGGGCAGGGGAGGCAGCGACAUCCAUGGCAUCUCCACAGGCAUAGGGUGGCCAUCCUUACCCCAGGGGUCACGUCACCUGCCAGGUGCUUCCCUCUUUGUGAUUCCCCUUUCUCCUAAGGGAGCCUCUCCCCAUGCCCAAAAGUUUCUCUUAGUACACAACGCUGAGCUCCUUUUGAUGGCUGUCACCUGUGAUGGCCUCGCUGCAUCCCCAUUCCCCCAGCAUGCCACUCACCUCGCAGCUCACUUGCCUUUUUGGCAUUACCUCCAUCACACCGAGCCAUCAAUUAAUUAUUGACAAUAAGUGGAGCGAAUCAAUGGGUGACGUGUGCUGAGGUGGUUGCAAAGUGCUGGGAUCGGGGGCACCACAGCAUUCCCUGGUGCUGUGUGUGUGUGCUGCUGCUGGUCCACACUGACUGACAGGUGUUGAAGUGUGGAAUCAGUUCCCCUUUUCCAGUUCAUGCCAAAUGUGCCAGGGGUCAGGCUGUGCCCAGCACCUCCUCGGGAGGAGUUGUGAUAGAGUGAAGCUUGAUCUGCAAAGAUGCUGCAGCUGUCCCGGCCUCCCCCAGUGCAUCCCAGCACCGCUCACAGCUGGGACCUGCCAAUAUCUGUUUCUCUCAUCACCGGCUGCAAAAUGCACCAAAACGCAGUGGAAGCAUGGAAAGGCACACAGCACAGGCUGUUGGCUGGUGUCAGCGGGUAUGACUCAAAUCAAGUGAGAAGUUUGGAUAUGACUGAAGACAAUGGGCUGAUUUCUCCUUUCUGGCUCUGGGACAAUUCCUCUGGGAUCCCCGGGGUUGUAUUGAUGGUCAUGGAGUGGCAUUUGGCUCUCGCUAGGAGGUUUAUUGGCUUUUAUUUUUCAUUUAAGCUAAAAAUUAGAGGGGAAAAAAAAAUCAAAGCAGUAUUUGAUGGGGAAACAAAGAAGUUUCAAACCUCCACAACUGGCCAAAAAGGACCUCUCUGAUGGGACAGAAGUGAUCAGCAGUGAUAGCAGAACUGCAGGUCCGGGAUGGGAGCGCUCAGGAGCGAUGCUCAGCCCCAUGGCUGGAGCGUUAGGAAACGAUGCUCAGCUCAUCCCUUGCCCCUACUCCUGCCCAUGCACUACUGCUGGGUGUGAACAUGCGGGGUGUCUGCUCCCAGCAGGACCUUCCCUGCGUGUUGUCCUUCACAAGUGGCACAGCAGGGGAGGGCACUGGCACAUUUGUCCCUGUGGAUGAGCUGCAGUUUGGGGAAAGACUGCAGGGACCCCACUGGGUGCCCACUCCCCGAUGCAGCUCAUAUCCAGAUCUUCUGCUGCAGGAGUGCAAAGGAGUGGAAUAAAUGAUUCCUGUGUUCAGCACCGAAUGCCAGAGAACCUGUUGCCAAGAGUGGAAUUUCUCAUUUGAUUUGAUUAACCUUUGUGUCUGCACAAACAACCCAAUAUUUGUCACUGGCUGAACACUUGCUGGAGGAGUUUGCCAGCUCGUCUGGAAGCAUCUGGUCUGCAUGCCAUGCACAGUUAUGCUUUCCUGCACAGGAAGUCCCUGUUGCCACCUCUGGAAGGACACCUCAAGGGACAGCACAGUGUCCCACACUGUGAUAGCAGUGCUCUGGAACUGGGGGCAUGCAACCACCUUUUCCAUGGUGUGGGUACAGGGAAGCUGCUCCCCAAACACCGCAAUCCCACCGGGCACCUGGGCAGGGUGAUUGGGGAUGCUCAGGAGGCACAUCUUUGGCUUGGAUUGAGCUGAACGAUGCAGAUGAGGUUAUGUGAGAGGCAUCAGAGGCUGACAAGUCACAUCUGUGUUUUAAAAAACAUGUGCACGUGGGAGAGAAGUGUUAAGCAGAGGUGAAAAGAAGGCAGCAGGUGGCACUUCCUGCAGUCGCACUGCUCGUGUCUGGCUGAGCAUCAGCAUUGCUUCCCUGGCACUGUCCAUGGUCUUCAGGCUGGGUGUGGCCAUGGGAGCCAGCAGGACCCACUCCAAAAGCCCUGACACCCCUGGGGCAGGUUUGGUCCCUUGGUGCAGCUGGGCUCUGCAGCAAGAUCUGAGUUGAGGGCUAUAGCGCUGCAUCCAGACCCUGCUCAUUGGUCCCCAAACCCACACUUGCUCAGCCCAGCAGUGAAUUUUGUCUGCAUUGCAAGAAACGUUUACAAACCAGGCAGGCUGAGCUCCUCCUGCAAGGUGCAUCCCUCAUCCUGCUGCAUUGUACCGGGCUGUACAGCCCACAGCAGUGCACCUGGGUGGCUCACUCCAAGCAGCUGUGUUAUCUCCCUUCAUUCAAGUGUGAGGUUUGGGUUCAGUGUCUGAGGAUACUUGAAAUGAACUUGGGCAGAAGCAGCCACUCCAUGGCCUUAAUCCUCCUGAAGCAGAGGGGUCUCCUGCUGGUUGCUUCUGCGGGGAGCACGACCAGGCCUUCCGUGAUAAUUUCUGAUGUUCAUUAUUUAUAGAGAAGCCAAAUUGAAUUAUUAAUACAGAAAAUUUAGAUAACAUUAGCAAUUCUCGGUUUAUAACAGUUUCCCAUUAAUAAGGAAAAUUGGAAAUUUAUCACUACAUCUGUUCAUUAAAACUCACUAUUUUUUUUUUCCUUUUGGUGUCUUAAAUGAAAGCAUAGAAAUAAACGAAGAGGAAAAGCCAUUUACUUGUUACUUCUCUGGACGAAGCCAGCCCAUAAUUUUUAAUAAAGUCUUUGCUGUUAUACGUGGAGAGGAAAUCAGCUCAUCAUGAAAGCAGCUUUUCAACCAUGUCUUUUGCAUUGCUCAGCCAGAGGACAGAUACUCAGAAAGCUAUCCUGUUUCUUCCCUUUGUGGGAAUGCUUCAGCUGUCAGAUUUCUAAUUUCCCUCCAUUCCAGCAGCUCUCCUUGCUUUCAGCAUGUGUUCUUCCCAGCUCCAUGUGACUUCUAAUGCAUCCCCUGCUUGUUUCAGAGAUGGCGGAUUCCUAUGCCUGUAAAGGUGGAAGGAAGACUGCAGGUUCCACCAAACCCAGCAAAGAGAGCAGGGCAGAGGCGAGGCUGAACCCUCCAGCAGAGCUCCCCAGGCUGGGAAAUGCAACCAGUGACAAAACCGAGGGCAAGAAGAAAGGACGACCCAAGGCCGAGAACCAGGCACUGAAAGACAUCCCUCUCCCACUGAUGAACCAGUGGAAGGAUGAAUUCAAAGCCCACUCCAGGGUGAAAUGCCCCAAUUCAGGCUGCUGGCUGGAGUUUCCCAGCAUUUAUGGCUUGAAGUACCACUAUCAGCGCUGCCAAGGGGGCGCAAUCUCGGAGAAGCUGACGUACUCGUGCUCGUACUGCGAAGCUGCUUUCAGUUCCAAAACUCAGCUGGAAAAACAUCGUCUCUGGAAUCACUUGGACCGACCAGUGCCAGCCAGCAAAACAGAAAACAAAGUGCAGAAGGCCAUUGGGAAGAGCAGCGGCAAGAAAAGAGCUGCUGAGAGUUCAGCUUGCCCCACCAUCCAUCCCAAACAGGCAAAGACGGAAAAAGCCGUGUCCCAGGAUCAUGCUGAGAAUGGCGAAUGCCCGGCAGAGAGCCGGGAGAGCAAGGAGUUUCAGAUCGCCGCAGCCGAGGCAAUUGCAGCUGCCACCCCCACAGCAAAGUCCUCGAGUGGCAAGGAUGGCGGGCAGCAGGGGGGCAGCCAGGCCUCACUGCAGGAGGAAGACCCUGAAAGGAUGAAGCACAGAAGGAAACAGAAAACUCCUAAGAAGUUUACGGGGGAGCAACCGUCCAUCUCGGGAACAUUUGGAUUAAAAGGUCUUGUAAAAGCAGAGGACAAGGCAAAAGCCCAUCGAGCCAAGAAGCUGGAGGGGGGCACCAACAUGGAGGAGCUGAAAAAGAAACCUCCAGGAGCUGGUGUGAAGAAGGAAGCAGCUGUGCACCUACCAGCAGCAAAUCCCGAGGACCAGUGGCAGCGGGAAAUCAGUGAGAAGGGAGAAGUUGCCUGUCCAACCUGCAGUGUUAUAACCAGGAAAACCAUCGUUGGGCUCAAAAAGCAUAUGGAUGUCUGCCAGAAACUGCAGGAUGCCUUGAAGUGUCAACACUGCAAAAAGCAGUUCAAGUCCAAAGCUGGGCUGAAUUACCACACCAUGGCUGAACACGUCAGCAAGCCUGUUCCUGUGGAAACCGCUGCCCUUGGUGAACAGGAAGAGCGGGAAAGGCUGAGGAAAGUGCUAAAGCAGAUGGGAAAACUGAAAUGCCCCAAUGAGGGCUGCGCAGCCAACUUCUCCAGCCUGAUGGGCUACCAGUACCACCAGAAGCGCUGUGGGAAGCAGCUCGCCGAGGCUGACAAGCCUGUCUUCAGCUGCCCACACUGCGGGAAGAAAUACAAAUCCAAGGCUGGCCACGAUUACCAUGUACGGUCAGAACACCCGGCCUCAGUGAGCCCCCCGGACACCUCCGCCGCCCGAGAAGUGGGGCCAUCCCUCCCUGGGGGUGACUGCAGAGCUGCAGAGCCUGUGGGCAGGAGCGAGCCGGGCAGAGCCGGGCCAGGCAAGCCACCAGAGGAGCCAGAGGUGAAGCCAGAGCCCCCCCCCAUAGAGGAUUUUGAAAGGACCCCGAGUGGCCGCAUCCGUCGCACAUCGGCUCAAGUGGCCGUCUUCCACCUUCAGGAGAUAGCAGAGGAUGAGCUCGCCAGGGACUGGACCAAACGGAGGAUGAAGGACGACUUGGUACCCGAAACUAAGCGGCUCAACUACACCCGGCCAGGACUGCCAAAGCUGAAUCCAAGGCUGCUGGAAAGCUGGAAGAAUGAAGUGAAGGAGAAGGGCCACAUCAACUGUCCCAAUAAUUGCUGUGAAGCCAUUUACUCCAGCGUCUCGGGGUUGAAAGCUCACCUGGCCAACUGCAACAAGGGGGAGCACUCAGUGGGCAAAUACCGCUGCCUGCUGUGCCAGAAGGAGUUCAGCUCUGAGAGUGGGGUCAAGUACCACAUCAUCAAGGCUCACUCGGAGAACUGGUUCCGAACCUCCUCAGAAACUGCCCGGAAAAAGAAAAACAGAGAGCAGCUUUCAUCCAGCAAGGAGGAAAAAAAAAAAAGCACAAAUGGGAAGAAAAGAGGGAGAAAACCCAAGGAGAGACCUCUGGAAACAUCGUUGAAGAGCAGAGAGAGUGUGGCAGCAAAGACUAAUCACAAGAAAAGCCCUGAGCACUGGGAGGGCUCCCGAUGCAGCUCCGAUGGGGAUGAACGUGGCCCCAAAGCCCCCAGCCAGCGCAAGGGGGGAGCCAGCAAGGUGCCCGAGAAGUGAGCAUUCAGAGACUCAUCUGCAAGGAUUCGUUUACAGCCCAGGGUAACAGGGUGGGGGUCGCUCCCAGUUUUCCAU